AUCCUCCUCCACACAGACCUCUCUGAGGCCAGAGGACAGGCGGGCGACCAGAGGAAGAUGGCGGUCGGGAUGCUGUAUGGAAUAGGGGGCAGGAUCUGCUCCACACCCAGACUUGGAUGGAUGUAAACACUGAAUUUAUAUUUGAUUUCCACUUCCCGUGGUCUGGACUUGUUUGGGCUUGUUUAAUUCGCUUUAACUGCGUUUGAUCCGGCGUAAGUCUGUGUGAUUCCCAAACUACAUCGAUAGACUGGGUGGGAGAAAAGUGGACCAAAAUGUCGGAUUCAAAGGUAAAAGUUGCAGUACGAGUUCGGCCCAUGAACCGCAGAGAGUUGGAAUUGAACACAAAAUGUGUUGUGGAUAUGGAGGACAACCAGACCGUCCUCCACCCGCCACCGUCCAACUCCAAAGGAGACAGCAGGAAACAACCAAAGGUGUUUGCCUUCGACCACUGUUUCUGGACCAUGGACGAGUCCAACACUCCCAAAUAUGCCGGUCAAGAGGUGGUGUUCAAGUGCCUUGGAGAGGGUAUACUGGACAACGCGUUCCAAGGAUACAAUGCCUGCAUAUUUGCCUAUGGACAAACAGGUUCAGGGAAGUCCUUUUCCAUGAUGGGGAAUGGGGAUCAGCCGGGUCUGAUUCCAAGGCUGUGCGGUGCCUUGUUCGAAAGGGUCCACAGAGACGAAUGUGAGGCACACUCCUUCAAGCUGGAGGUCUCCUUCAUGGAGAUCUACAACGAGAAGGUCAGGGACCUCCUAGACCCCAAAGGGAGCCGGCUCUCCCUGAAGGUGCGAGAGCACAAAGUGCUGGGUCCGUACGUGGAUGGCCUCUCUCAGCUGGCUGUGACCAGCUUUGAGGACAUUGAGGUGUUGAUGUCGGAGGGCAACAAGUCGCGGACUGUUGCUGCCACCAACAUGAACGAGGAAAGUAGUCGCUCGCACGCCGUCUUCAGCAUUAUCGUCACACAGACGCUGUACGACCUGGGCUCCGGGAACUCUGGGGAGAAAGUGAGCAAAAUCAGCCUGGUGGACUUGGCAGGAAGUGAGCGAGUCUCCAAGACUGGAGCGGCCGGUGAGAGACUCAAGGAAGGCAGCAACAUCAACAGGUCUUUAACCACCCUGGGCUGUGUUAUCUCUGCGCUGGCUGACCAGUCUGCUGGGAAAGGGAAGGCCAAGUUUGUCCCAUACAGAGACUCUGUUCUUACCUGGCUCCUAAAGGACAACCUUGGUGGCAACAGUAAGACAGCCAUGAUCGCCACGGUGAGCCCAGCGGCCGACAACUACGAGGAGACACUGUCCACACUGCGCUACGCCGACCGCGCCAAGCGGAUCGUCAACCACGCGGUAGUGAACGAGGACCCCAACGCCCGCAUCAUCAGGGAGCUGAGGGAAGAGGUGGAGAAGCUCAGGGAGCAGCUCACCGCAGCCGAGUCCCUGAAAGCCCCGGAGCUGAAGGAGAAGCUGCAGGAGUCUGAGAAACUCAUCGAGGAGAUGACCGUCACCUGGGAGCAGAAACUACGCAAAACGGAGGAGAUCGCAGCGGAGAGGCAGAAGCAGCUGGAGAGCAUGGGCAUCUCUCUGGAAACAUCUGGGAUCAAAGUAGGCGAAGACAAGUGCUUCCUGGUCAACCUGAACGCCGACCCAGCCCUCAACGAGCUGCUGGUCUACUACCUGAAGGUGGGUGGUCAACCAGCUGCUGGUCUACUACCUGAAGGUGGGUGGUUACCCGGGCUGCUGGUCUACUACCUGAAGGUGGGUGGUCACGAGCUGCUGGUCUACUACCUGAAGGUGGGUGGUCAACCAGCUGCUGGUCUACUACCUGAAGGUGGGUGGUCAACCAGCUGCUGGUCUACUACCUAAAGGUGGGUCAGGGGCCGCGUCCUUUCUGGAGCCUCAUACCUUCAGGGGCUUCAGGGACUUCGUACCUUCAGGAGCCUCGUACCUUCUGGGGCCUCGUACCUGCACGGGCCUCGUACCUUCUGGGGCCUCGUGUCUCCAGGGGCCUCGUACCUUCUGGGGCCUCGUACCUUCAGGGGCCUAAGACAAACUGGGGCCUCGUACCUUCUGGUGGCCUCUCAUUGUUCAAGUUACAUGUUGCAAGUUUGGAAAUCUGAAGUGGAUGAAUUUGCAAACAUUCUGUGCUUGUUGGGAGAAAGAAUUGAAAGACUUAACCUUUAGUUUCAGAUGGUCCGGUUAGGCUAGGACUGGCAUAGGAAAAAUCAUAAUCCAGAUUAUUCUCGGUCAAUAUUUACGUCAUGAUUAUCUAGCACAAUAACUCAAUGACUUUUAACUUUUGUCUUUUUAUCAGUGAGUUUCCACUUUAUAUAUUAUUCAACUGAAAAAAGAAUAACUCUAAAAUAAAAAUAAAAGAUACAUUUAGAUAAAUAUAUAAUAAGGAAUAUAUCAUAUUCAUUUAAAGAAAUAAUAUAAAAAUAUAAUAAGACCUGAAUUAAUCACCAAUGUUGUAGUGCACUUCCACAACUUACUGAAAACCCAGCUUGACAAUAUGUCUGUUGGGGUGGUAGUAGUAUUCUGCUGUACAAGCAUUUAUUAUACAGGGCAGGCAGUGCAACUCUGGUGAAAUGUUGACACUUUGUGGCAACCCGGCCUGGGCCAAUUGAGGACAUGCAGAGCCCCUGAGGAACAGGGGGAGAAGCAGGGCUUGAAUAGCCUGCUUCUCCACUCAUUCGGGGCUCUCCCAGCCAUGGGGCUUCUGUACGGAGAGACCGGUCCUCGUGGGUGACGGGAUUCUACCCACGAGGCCCGUGGGUUGUAUUGUUGUAUUGUUUUCCAUAUGAGUGUCCGUAAUUGAUGAGUUUGUCACGGUGGAAGAGGUCGAGAGGACUUAUCUUUUCUCAGUUUUUUGGUCAUAGACCCACUUGUGACUGAACUUAAAAAGCCAUCGAGCUCUUCCCUGUUUCAGAUGGAUUUCAAUACUAAGUGAUAAAAAAAAUAUGUGUUUUAGGAUCGAGGGGGGCAUGUUAUUCCUAUGGUUACGACUCGCACCAACUCGAUGAUACCUUUUUAGUACCUUUGUUGUUUAACUGUUAUGAGUGUUAAAAUAAGCGAUGUUGCAUAUGAAAUCCGCCACACACACCGUAGCGUUAGACUAUAGGUGUCUGGGAAGCCUAACUCUCAUGCGGAUAUUAAACACAUCGGAGCUUCACCAUCCACACACACACGUAGUACUAUUUAAUAAUGGUCUGAAUAGCCCGACUUUCUCUCGGACGCUGCAGUCAAACGCUGCCCAGACAGAGCUUUGUCCUGGCUGCCCAGGCAGAGCUCCACACGUCCAGACAGACCACUGCCCAGAGAGAGCUCCACAUGGUCACACAGACCGCUGCCCAGACAGAGCUCCACACGUCCAAACACAACGCCCAGCUAUGAUGGUAUUAUUGUAGCCAAAGUCGCAAGCAUGCGUUCACUAAAGAUACAAAUAUGUAACAGUAAAUUUGAAGUCGUAAAUAAUUGUUCUACCAUUGUAAACACAAAAUAGAAGCUACGAGUUCACAUGUCCGUUGUUACAGGUGCACAAAUCCUAUCCUGUGCAUCAUAACUUCAAAGAGUCAUGCACUUGAAACUUCUGCUACAAUCAUUGCAGCGCAGUUGGUGCAAAACCUCAUAAUCUCAGAACAUGCACAACAUUUGGGCAUUCAUAAACCCAAAUGUGAACUAAUGCAUCUGAAGUUGCACAUCUGUGAAAUAUUACCUCACAUUUAAAAUUAAAUAGAUUGCUAUGUUCAUUGAGCAUUUUAAUGAGCAAGCACAAGUCCAUCGAUACAACUGCUUCAAUCUGCUGCUACGAGUCUCAGCUGUUGUUUUUCUUGCAGAUACUUUUGCAACACGUCUAGGUGGUACAACUGUAGCAAAAGUGAUUUGUAUCCGUAGACACAGAACGUCCGUGGGCAGGACAAAAUGGGCAGGGGUUGCAUUAUUCAAACUACACUGGGACCAAUCCAAGCAUACUACUCUUCCUUUCUGGAGUCUGACCAAAUUAUUCGAAAAUAGUUUGGAUCCAAUAUUCAACAGUAGUUCAUUUGUUCAACUCGUGAUUAUAUCCCGUUCACACAAGGCUGAAUAAAAAGUACAUGUUUUUCUAAAUGUUGGUCAUCAACGAGUUGAAUGAAUGAACGAAUGUUGAAUAUGGGAUCCAAACUAUUUUUCUAAAAAAUUGAGGGGUCUGGGGUGGGGCAACUUCACACAGGCGACGCAGUAUUCGAGACAUUUCUGAACUUAUAUAUUAUUUAUAUUAUAUAUAUUGGCGACCAGUAAAAUACAUUGAAGGACACUUGCCGCAUGUUAGCAUUUCUCGAUUGUAUACACACAAAAAAUUUAACUAUGCACCCAAUUCUGAAAACUUGAAGCUCAUGUAUCAACUACAAGCCUCCAGACUGCUAAACUCUAAGCACAUUUCCACUGUUUUCACACAUAUAGAAAUUCUAAAUCACAUUUUUCCAAAACUCUAAGCACAAAUCUCAUCAUUUAGCACACUUGGUUCAACUGGAAACACUUACCUUCAAAACGCAACAACUAAUUACCAAUAAGUCUAACUCACUUCUCACCUGUUCAAACUCAACUGGCAAAACACUUCAAUCAUGUGUCAGAGCAUAAAAGAGGCCUCAGGUGAGCUCUACUGCGUUGUAGAUAUGGUCCUCUGGCCUGAUCAGGAUCGGAGGUGGGAUAAAGACUGAUUUACAUGUAGAUCUGUUUCACCUCAUUUAUAUUCUUAUUUUUAUUUUUUGUUGGCCAACGUAAAGCUUUUUAUGCAUCAAGUUCAGCUGAACAUUAUACUGUUACAGUAACAAAUACUGUAAAUAUUUUCUUUGUUACCUUUUUGUACUUUGUACUUAUAUGAUAUAUUCACAGUAUUGUAUUACAAUAUGGCAGCAGUCUUUAUACUAUAUGUACCACCUAAUUGCAACUUUAAAAAAGAAAGGUAUUUCUAAAGAAUGUUAUACAUUGGAAUAUGUAACAUGGCCUCAUGAAGUCAAAACAUAUGUAAAUAGUAUUUUGAUAGAAGUGAUUUGAAUUGAUAAAACCAGUGUUUAAUUGAUGCUCUCUAAGAGAUAUUCAUUUGAUAGCUGUGUUUAUUGUUUGGUGUAAAAAAUCUGUUUUGAGAAGAAUUUAUGGAGUUUUGAGAAAUGGUUAACUCUUCCGCGGUUUGUGUUUUGAGUUUUGAGAAAUUGAUCUAUAGUUUGCGAAAACGUGUUUAAACGAUUGAGGAAAACUGUAAUUCAAUAAUUUGGGGGGGAAUUCAGUUGAAGUAAGUAAUUUUUUAAAACAUAAUGUAAGGUAACCACCUCCUUCUCUUUUGUCAAUGACUCCAGAAAGGAAGAGUGUAUGCUUGGAUGGGUCCCAUUGUAGUUUGAAAAAUGCACCCCCUGCCGGCGACUUUCAUUGGUUAAUGCUUUUUUUUGCCCCGCCCACGUACGCUCUGAUACACAUCACUUUUGCUACACCACGUAGACGUGUUGCAAAAGUAUCUGCAAGAAAAACUGCUGAGACUCCUAGCAGCAGAUUCGAGCAGUUGUAUCGAUGGACUUGUGCUCUCUAAUUAAAAUGCUCAAUGAACAUAGCGAUCUAUAUGAUUUUAUUUGUGAGCUGAAAUUUCACAGAUGUGCAACUUCGGAUGCAUUAGUUCACAUUUGGGUUAACGAAUGCACAAAUGUUGUGCAUGUUCUCAGAUUAUGAAACACGGGUGUGCGGAUGUGUUUUGCACCAACUGCACUGCAAUGAUUGUAGCAAAAGUGUCAAGUGCAUGACUCUUUGAAGUUAUGAUGCACAGGAUAGGAUUUGUGCACCUGUAACAAAGGACUUGUGAACUCAUAGCCCCUAUUCUGUGUUUAUAAUGGUAGGAAAAAUACUUAGGACUUCAAAUUUACUUACAUUUUUGUGACUUUAGUGUGCACAUGCAAAAUAAAUAUUUAAGACUUCAAAUUUACUGUUACACAUUUGUGUGAUUUUAGUGUAAGUAUGCUAAAGACUUUUGCUACAAUAAUACCUUCAUACAGACACAGCUCCACACGUCCACACACAUCGCGCCGACGGUGCACCUUGGUCGUGACGUCAGACAUCCUUUUCCAAGGUAGUCGGACGUCACUAAAAUAACGCCACCUUAUGCCACAUAGGAUUUUACCCCUUUUUCUCUAAAUUGGGGACUCAUUUCAAUAACACUGAUAAAAUGUUAUAGAUGUUAUGUUGAUGUGAUCAUUUAAAACAAAUGAGCAUGUGGUUCUGGUAACACUGGCUGUUUAAGAUGAUUAAACAGAUUGGUGAUAUUGCCUUGUUUGUUGUGGUUCCUCGACUCCUUGAAGCCAAAAUGUUUCCAAACAGCCUCAUUCGGUUCACCUUUCUUUUUGGCUCUCUCUCCGUCAUCCUUGAUAGCUGGGGCUAAACUAAACACACACAGCCUGGCCCAGAGUGAGGUUUCUAGGGAGGGCCGGAGGACAGCUGAACGCUGUGAAGGAAGCUUUCGAACACCAAUGACAGCAUUAAUGCAAAACUGAAGGCGGCACAAUCAUCGUUUUAUCUCCAUUAUCUUGUUUUCAUAAUAGUUGGAAGCUGUAAUCUAAUUGAAAUAGAAAUACGAUGAAUCGCCCAUCCCUACAUAGGGAUAGAUGUUUACAUAGAUGUUUAUGUCUCAGACUGGAGUGAAUGGAGCUAUACUCUUAUGAAUCCAUACAUAGGACAUAUACAGAAACAAGUAUUAAGUUCCUUCCUUCCUCCUAACAUUAACCACACACUGACUACCUCUGUACCUUGUAGCUUAAACCAGCAGUAAACCAGGAACUCACUACAUAAUAAUGAUCUAAAAGGACAGCCUGUAAAUCCCAUCAAAUUCUUUCAGACAGUGGCCUCCUGUCAUCUGCAAUUAUUUGUUGAGGGUGUGUAUUUCAGGCGACUAAGAUUACUAAGAUCGCAUUGCCCACUUGUGAAGGCAUGAAACGGAUAAUAUACAUCCGGCUCAACAUUCACCAUGAAAAACUUGAACUUUGUGCGCACCUUGAAUCAAUCCAGGGUUACCUGGAGAACACAGCACAAGGUCUGGCCAAACCUGGCCUGGAACUGGGCUUAGUGGGGUAGUGGACCGACCAGUCUGAGAGAUAGCCCCGCAGCAGAAGAGAGAGAGAGAUAGGCUAGGUCCGCCAGACAGCAGCCUCAAAACAGAACAACAGCUCUUUGUCUGGGCUCUGCUAGAGCGCCUGGCAU